GAUUCGUGUCUGUUGCAAUUCAACACCUGGAUUUCAACACGUCGCUCUCGCAACUCUGCCUUUCCUCUGUAGUAUCAAAGCGAGUAAUCGUCAAGUUUGCUGACGAGGUCCUAUCGCCUUUCUAUUUUCCUCGCUUCCUGUUGUCUUUGACUUUAAGUCACAGACCUGCCGUCUCGAUUGUCGCCUGUUUCUCGCGAACUCAAACGUGCUUCUUGUAUCGAGCAGCGUCCCUCAGGGAAUAGAUUUGUUUUUCUCAUCCCCGUCAUCCUGUGGGGUAGCCAACCUCGAGCCUUUCGUUUGGGACCUUCUGAUCCCACGACGGAACCAUUAUGUCGAACAAGAAGAAUGUGGAUCUCGAGAUGAGCGGAAUGGACGAGAAGGAGUUCGGUGAGCGGGAGAGCUUUCUGCUGAAGCCCACGCCCCAUCACCGGGCUCGCGUCGAUAGUGGCAAGGGUAGCAUUCUCUCCCAACUCGAGAAAAACCCUGGUGCUGCUGUUCUGGCCUACUGCUUCUCCUCGAUCAGCAUGACGGUCGUGAACAAAUAUGUCGUUUCCGGUUCGUCCUGGAACUUGAACUUCCUUUAUCUGGCUAUUCAGGCCGUUAUUUGCACGGCUGCAAUUGUGGUCUUGAAGCAGAUGGGGCUCCCCGUGUCUGUGUUCUUCGUCGGCAUGAUCUACACCAGCACCAAGUCUCUUCAAUUUCUAUCUGUUCCGGUAUAUACUAUCUUCAUGAACUUUACUAUUGUCGUUAUCGCCUAUGGUGAGGUCCUGUGGUUUGGUGGUAACGUCACCCCGCUGCUUCUGCUGUCGUUCGGCUGUAUGGUGCUUAGCUCUGUUGUCGCUGCGUGGGCUGAUAUCCAGGCCGCCCUUAAUGGGGUUGGGCACUCGGUGGAGACUGCUGUCGCUAUUUCAACCUUGAACGCUGGGUACGCGUGGAUGGGGCUUAACAUCGUCUGCACAGCCUCGUACGUACUGGGUACGCGCAAGUUCAUCACCUCGCUGAACUUUAAGGACUGGGACACUAUGUUCUAUAAUAACUUGCUCUCCCUCCCUAUCAUGAUCAUCUGCUCUCUAGUUACCGAGGACUGGUCUUCGGCUAAUCUGGCUAAGAACUUCCCUGCCGAGUCGCGCAAUAACCUUAUGAUUAGCAUGCUCUAUUCUGGCCUGGGUGCUAUCUUUAUCUCGUACUCGUCUGCCUGGUGUAUUCGCAAGACUUCGUCGACUACGUACUCGUUCGUCGGUUAUCUGAACAAGCUCCCGCUCGCUAUCAGCGGUAUCGUCUUUUUCGAUGCUCCCGUCACGUUUGGUAGCGUCUCGGCUAUCCUCCUGGGAUUCUUCAGCGGCCUUGUCUACGGUUAUGGCAAGGUGAAGCAGAGGGAGCAGUCUAAGCAGGUCCUCCCUACCUCCCAACCGGCUAUGAGCGCCAGCUCUCAGAGCCAAAAGGAUGCAUCCAACUUAUAA